AAGAAUAAAAAUGAAACUCACAAUUGUUUUUUGUCACUUUGCUUCAAACUUUUUUUCUGAGCGUCCGUUGAUUGUCUCGAACACGUGGUCCUCCGUUGGAAAAAGAUGGCGUCUUUAAUCGAGGAGCACGAUCAACCAAACGACAAAUCGACCUGCAGCUCUGCAACUCGGUCCCGUAAUCAAACUUGUAUUUACUCUCCAAGUCUUCACUCCGACGGUAGAAAAAUCCGGAUUCGUGGGUGAACGCUAUCUGAUGAUGGUCAUUGUCGUAGAUGGAGAUGGCAAAACUUGCAAUUGCGAACCAAUUUGGUGAUGGCCAAUUUUUGCCAAUUAUUGUUGCACACGAGUCUCAGCAAUUGACGACCGAGCAGGAAAAUCACUUCGGGCAAACAAAACUGCACUUUCGCGAUAGCACUCCGACUUGGUAAAACCAAACUUCCACACUGCGGUGUGGAAACGCAUCCGAACGGGUCGAGCGAUUGGAACAGAAUGAUGAAAUUGAAUACUUGGAAUCAAUUGUUCGUCCUUAAUAAUUCCUAUGUACAAAUUUUCACCUCAAUCCGAUGUAUAAUAACGUCAAUAUCACAUUCGCUGCUCAUCGUCCAACGAGUUCGGUUGUGUUUUCGGAAGCUCCAAUAGUUCAUCGAUAGUGCUGAGUGAAAAAGAGUGCUCCUGCUAGUUUCUACUGUCUGCCGAUAAGUAUCUUUUAUUAUCUAUUGUGAUAACGUGAAAACAAAGACCUUUUGAAUUUGGCUUACCUUUUAUUGCUGGAGGCCUAGCUUCCAGCUUAACCAUGGCUGGGAAAGAUCCCAACAUGGAUUUUGAUCAACAAGACCUGACACAUAUGCCGGAAACCCAAAUUGAUCCAUUUUCUUCGAAUGAUCCCUCCUCUCUUUCCCCUCCAGAAAUUAUUCCUGAAUCACCUAACCCUUCUUCGUCUCCUCAAACAUCUGAAAUUCUUCCUACUGCCUCUUCGUCUCAAUCUGGACGUGAUGUUACAUUUUCAUCGUUACCGAUGUCGUCUUCAAUAGAAGUACGUUCAUUUCCGACCAAACGGUCGAAAUGUUACCCUGAAACCGCUAAGGGACCAUUUGAAGUUUUUAUACGUCAAAAAGAUAAGCCUAUCAAUGUUCUCCUCGUUUCCGCGGAGAUUCAUAAACGUUUUCGUACGGUUAAAGAAAUCCGUAAGAUAAGUUUGGGAAAGGUUCGAAUCAUUUUCACUAGUCGAGAAGAAGCGAACGAAGUUGUGAAAAACGAAUUACUUUGUAGCCUUUAUCGUGUAUAUGUUCCGAGUGAGAGAGUAGAAAUUCAUGGUGUGAUUUACCAACCGGAUGUGGAUCUUCGUUAUUUGGUUGAAGAAGGAUUAGGUACGUUUAAGGACCCGAGAGUGCCUAAUGUUUCCGUUUUAGAAUGUCACCAAUUGGUGGAAUCUCAAAUACUAGGAGAUAAAAAAUCUUUUGUUCCAUCAAGUGCCAUACGUGUAACUUUUGUGGGUAAUGUAUUACCAGAUUAUUUCAUGAUUGAUCAUGUGCUUAUUCCGGUUCGAUUAUUUUCCCCAAAACCCAUGCUUUGUGAUAAGUGCAAAAAAUUUGGUCAUACUCAUCAUGUUUGUGCAAACAAGGUAUGUUGUGGUAAAUGUGGUCAAUUUCACAAGGAGAGUGAGUGUUCUGUAAUUGAGGCUGUUUGCAUCCAGUGUAAGGGAACUCAUCCUAAUCUCUCUAAACUAGACUGUCCAGUUUAUCAGCAGCGUGCUUUGCUAGCAAAAAAGAGAGCUUUUCAAAAAUCUAAAUUGAGUUACGCUGAAAUGGUUCGCGCG